GAGAUGUUGCGACGGCGGAGCCCCCAAUGUGACAGCGGAACAUCCCAAGCCAGCGGCCUUUACUUGACAACUGCUCACCGACCGCGACUCUGUGACACGCCACGCGCUCACGGGCGCGAUAACAUGUCACCAACAUGCGAAGCAGGGUUCUCUUGGCGGGAUGUCCACUGGAUGGCGCCUCUGUGGCAGCUUCUCGCUGCAUUGGAGCGCUUGUCGAGCCUUCAUCCCAUGUCGGUUAUAGCGCGGAAGCGACUAGACGUCUCCUUUUUAGACAUGGCACGAGCGUGUCGGCUCAGCCUGAAGGCCUUACUGUCAGGACAAGCUAGCGAGGCUGUUCGGAACGAGGCGUUGCGAAAAGUUGCACGCGCCUGGUCUCCGAUUCGCUCCGGUUCCAGCAGCAGCAGCAGCAGCCGGAGGAGAGGAUGUGGACCAACGCUGGCGCCGCCGCCGCCGCCGCCGUCCGCGCCGAUACGCGGCAACAGCAGAGCCGCCACCGCCGGACCCAUUGCGAAGGAGGCGGCGGAGGUGGCUCCGUUCCUAUCCGUCCGCACGGCGUUUGAUCUGUACCUGAAGGCUCUCGACCUCCCCCGAGGCAGCCUUGUGGUCUGCUCCGCCCUGACUAUCCCCGACAUGGUGACCAUUUUCGAGGAGCACGGGCUGGUCCCCGUACCCGUCGACCUUGACCCGGAGACCUUAGCACCUGAGCCCGGGGCGUUAGAGGCCGAGGUCGCGAUGUGUGGAGGCGGCGGCGGCGCGGAAAGCGGCGGCGAGCAGCAGCAGAAGCAGCGUGUGAGGGCGAUAUAUGUUGCUCACGUGUUCGGGGCCCAGGUGGACAUGACGCACAUCGUGGAAGCCGCUGCUCGCCACGGCCUCCUCCUGUGGGAGGACUGCGCCCAGAUGUUUACCGGCCUCGGGGGCUACCUCGGCCACCCCGACAGCGAUGCCGCCUUCUUCAGCUUCGGCGUGAUUAAGAGGGCGACUGCUUUCGGCGGCGGCAUCGCGCGCAUCCGUGAUGAUCAAGUCCUUCGUCCCAUGCUACGGGAGGAGGCCGAAUACCCAUCACAGUCCGCUGCGGCCUACCUUCGCCGGGUGCUCAAGUGCUGGCUGAUGCUGGCCCUUACGACGCCGCUGCUUUACGGCAUCAUCCUCCACACCCUGGCGGUCCUAGGCAUCGAGCACGACGAGGUGGUGAUGAAGCUCAGCAAGGGCUUCCCAAAGAAAGGGCUAAUGAGGGCAAUCAGACACCGGGCUUCCAUCCCCUUGCUGCAGAUGCUCGCCUGGAGAAUAUCCCGGUAUCCCACCGAAGGCGUCGAGAUCCGUCUGCGGCACUGCAACCGUAUGCUCAGCGUUCUCGAGGCCGCCUUGUCGCAGCGGCAGCGGCAACCGCAGCCGCCAAGAGCACUGCCGGCUCGGGGAGGAGGGGCGGCUCAAGAAGAUCCGUCGGCGCUAUCUGUCGGGGAGGGGGGAGAAGGAGGAGGAGGGGUGGGGGUGGGCGACGUUCUGCCGGGCGUCAAGGCUUACCGGCACACGCUCUGGUUGUACCCCGUGAUGGUAACGGGGGGUCCCGACAGGGCGAGCUACGUCGUGAGGGAUCUCUUGCGGGAGGGGUUCGACGCCACUCGAGCGCCGACCUCGCUAAUGCCCAUCGAACGGUGCACAACCACCAAAUACAAGGGGCCCGCCGACGGCGUGUCGUCGUCGUCGCCGUGUCGCACGCCGAGGUGCUCCGCGAUGAUGGACUCGUUGGUUUAUCUCCCGCUGGCCAACAACAUCCCGGACUCGGAGGUGGACAGGAUGGCUCUAGCGCUGGCGAGGUCGUUGUGGUCGUGCGGUUCUUCGGCGGCGCCGGGGGACGGCAGACUGGACUCAUGCGGCAGUCCCGCCAGCGGGCCACGCAAGUCGAGGGGAAACGGUAGCAGGGAGCGCACCGCGUUGGCCAGAAGCCUGGUGGCCUUCGCGUUUCGCUUGGAUGUGAUAGCCGUGUCGACGUUGUGCUUUAUGGUGUUGGCAGUAUCCUUCGUGAUUCUGACGUGGUUGCGGUGACCCAUACCUCCCUUGAUUGCUCGAUAGCAUGCUGCUCCUAAAUACAGAGGGGAAUGUGGAGUGUUGUAGAGAGACGCGCUCUCCCCCGCCACCCCUUCCUGAGUCACUUUGGUGGACUUCCCCGGAUGUUUUGACAAGACCGCUGUGUGUUGGUCAAGGUCGGAUUAGUAUGUAAGGCUGGGGUGCUAGAUGACGAUCGACUCCUUUCGAACCCUUUUCAGGAAACAUGUUGCGGCUGGUUUCUUGAUUUCUCUAGACGCGUCACCUAAAUGAUUACAAGGAACGGGGCGUUCGGUAUUUUCCCCCAUAUCCUCCUAUCCCGGAUGUAGCUACCGUUGGAAUUGUUGAGGGCGCGUCAGUUCUGUCGAUAGAUUUAGGGUCAUGUGGCUGGAAUUCUAGGUGUAGCUGGUUUUGCUGUGUACUUGGCUUCCGACUUGCUGGAGUGGUACUGUAGACGAGUUUGUUGUCACCGAGUUCAAGAAGCAUGGGGUUAUGGGAUUGUUUUAGUGAGGGUGCUACAUGUAGGUUUUGGAAGAGCUCGGGUUCGUUGCUCAUCAUCUUUGCUGACCCCUUUUAUUCGUUCAUAUAUGUAGUCCAGGGCUAACUAUGUACAGGAGGAACGUGGCUCGCUCGGAAUUGUUGUGCACGAGCUGCUCCGAUGUGUUCACAGACACGUGACCGUGUCAAGGCGAGCCAAGCUGCUCGACACUGCUGUAGUCUAGACGGGUUUAACGAGUGAAGAAGUGUAUGUGAUUCUGACAGGUUGGGAUUCUUGUAAAAUAGUCUGGUACAUCAGUAUUGUAAUGCCGUUUGACCCGUGUGUUAUCCGCAAAAUGCAUCGGUGCCUUGGUCGAAUCGGGUGUGAUCGAACUCACAUACAUAAUCAUCAUGUGCAUUGUACCUACGCGUCGUGUUGUUGUGUCUCAUUCGAGCCCUACGUCUGACGUGUAGAACGUCU